GUCAGAGGUUAAAGUUGAAUCGAGUGAAAACAUGGUCGAACACGGGGACAUCCGCGUGGUUCACCGAGGUGGCAGUAAAAUAAACUACAGGCAGCCUGUCAUAACCAACGAUUCAAGGUUGCUGCUGUGCGCCUCCGGACACUCCGUGAAAGUGUUCAGCACCUCCACGGAGGAGUGUGUGCACGACCUGCGGGGACACAGCGACCUGGUGACCGGUGUGCUGCUCAGACCCUCCAACCACCUGCAGGCCUACUCUUGCUCACUAGAUGGCACUGUCCGCCUUUGGGACUUCACAGAUGGCAUCCUCAUCAAGACAUACGAGAUUGGAUACUCAAUUUACUCCAUCCACACCUCUGCAUUCCACAAAGGGGUCGUCUUUAUAGUUACCUCUACGUUAAGUGAGAAAAGAUCUGAGUCGUUCCAGCUGGUUGCAGUGCGUCUUCCGCAGAGUGGAGAUCAGGUGGUUAAGGCCCAAGAGCUUUCUGCUGUUAUCAGUGACGUCAGUUCCAACCCGGCAGCCAUCGUCUUCGGCAGAGGGGGGGAAUACGUUGCUUCAGCUAACGGUUUGCAUCUGGAUGUCUUCUUCUUCAAAAAGACGAAGACGUACAGGUUUUUCCUCAAAAAAGACAACAAAAAAGGGGGCAAGAACACGUUCAUGUGUGUUGCCGCUCACCCAAAAGAUGACUGCAUCGCCACCGGACACGAAGAUGGAAAAAUCCGCCUGUGGAGAAACUUCAACCACAAGAAAGAGUACACGUACUCCACCAUGCACUGGCACAGCAAUGCAGUCAGCUCCAUGUGCUUCACACCGGAAGGCACCAACCUGUUGAGCGGCGGCGUGGAGUCGGUUCUCGUCCUGUGGCGCUACAGCGACGUGAGCCAGCGGGACUUCCUGCCUCGCUUGGGUUCCGCCAUCACACACAUCGGCGUGUCACCUGACGGAGCGCUGUUCUCCACCUCACACAGUGACAACAAGAUUAACCUCAUCCAAGGUUUUAAAGUGUCUGCUGUCAUUCAGGGCUUGGUCACAGGAGAAAGUGUUGAGACCGACCUGAUGGUGGACCCACGCAGCAAAUCCUUGGUUCUGAACGGGAAACCAGGCCACCUGCAGUUUUACUCCCUCCAGAGAGACAAACUUCUGUACAACCUGGACAUCGUGCAGCAGGAACACAUUCAUCAGCUGGGCCUGCAGCAGUUUAAGGUGGUUAAAGUGUCCUCCGACGCCUCCGGCAGCUGGAUGGCGACGGUGGAAGAGCGAAACCGGAACGCUGCCGAGCUGGAGCUCAACCUGAAGCUGUGGGCUUUUGACGAGCAAACUCAGAGUUUUGUGCUGAACACGACCGUCUCGGCCCCACACGAGUCCCGGAUUACGGCCAUGUGCUUCUGCCCGGCCGCCGCCAGUCAGACCCCCACGCUGAUCUCCGCCAGCGCCGACGGACACUUCAAAGCCUGGCAGCUGCCCCCGUCAGCCCCCGCCGAGGACGGAGGUCCUUCCUGGUCAUGUGACUUCGUGGGCUCUUACCGCGGCCUGGUGCCACAGUGCUGCUGCUUCUCGGCCGACGGCUCUCUGCUGGCCCUCAGCUUCCAGGAGGUGGUGACUGUGUGGAGCCCGGCUUCCUGGGAGCUCCUGACUACUCUGUCCCAGCCGCCCAAAGCCAUCAGGAAUCUUUGCUUUGGGCGACUAAGCUGUUCAAAGUACCUUCUGGGAACCACCGAGGACCACCUGCUGUGCUGCUGGAACCUCCUCACCUGCUCGUUGGAGUGGAGCACCUCCAUGGACAUCAGCCUGCUGCUGAGUGACCCCCUCACCGAGAACAUCGCAGCCUUCUGCUGCCACGCUGGAGCCACCGACUUGUUUGUGUUUAAGCCCAGCGAGCCCCGGCCCCUGUUUUCCCAGAAGGCCGUGUGCUCGGGGAAGGUCACGCACGCCGUCUUUGCCCCGAGGGAGGAGAUGCUGGAGAGCUGUGAGGAGAGCAGCCAGUGGCUCAACCGCUCCCAGCUGUACUUCCUCACUGAGUGCAUGGACCUCAUGACAUUCAGCACGAAGGCGGAGGAGGACAAACUGAUGGCGUCCAGCAAACAGCUUGUGAUGGAUGACAGCGUUGCCAUGACGCCGUUCUACCUGCUGCUGGGGAGGCACCAGAAAGGAGGAGGAGGAGGAGGAGACGCUGUGAGCGGCGAGGCGUUGGAGAGGCCUCCUCUGCCUCAGGGCUCCGGGGCCAUCAGAGAGCUGCUGCGGACCCCCCCCCACGUCCUGCCCUCCACCGCCUUCCUCUGCUCCAUCUUCGUCAAGUCUCUGCUUGUCUCUGUUGGCGACGUCAGCGAGGAAAGUAAACACGCAGAGGAGGAAAUGGAGAGUGAGAAAGAGGAAGAGGAUUCGGAUGGAGAAAUGCACUCCAGCGCCUCGAGACCGGGGCACGGGUCACAUGGUCCGUCGGCUGAGCCAGCAGCCCCCGCUCUCUCAAAAGCCCAGCUGAGAGAACUGAGGCGGGUGAAGAAACUGGACCACAGCUGGCUCUCAGGCCUCCUGCGCUCCUGAACACCAGCGUGGAAGAAGACAUUCACACAGAUAUGAAACGUUAGUUUUUAUUCAUUUUGAUCUCCACACAAAUCAUCAGAAUGGAUUCCUUGGAAAGAACAAAACGAUGUCCACGUUUAAACGCGUCUCCUUGCAAUCGCACCACAGAAAACAUUUGAUUGCACAAGUUUCUGCUCCUUUUGGCAGCAAUUGGUCAUAAAUUCUCCCUGAACGGAGGAGGUUGGAAUCUGGUGUAAACCAGCAGGUCUUUCCACACACAGUGACGUAUGUUAGUUGAUAAACAUACACAACAGUUUUUAGCGUGUUGUUUUAUGUAAUAGCAUGUGAUCUGUGUAUUUAGCUGCAGUUGUAGGGGGGGCCACCAACAUGACCCUUCAUAGACUGACUCACAGCAGCUCUGUCAGACGUCUGCAUUCAUCAGCAGUUUGGACUCUUGAGUGAACCUGACUCCCUUUGGGAUGCAGCUGUACAUAUAGAUUCCCUUUGGUUAAAUGGCUGCUUUGUAUGCAUACACCUUUUUAUAAAUGUAAUAAACCAGCUUUUCCUCAAUCUUUGCUUGUACUUUUAUCUAACACAUUUAUUUUAAACGUCACGAUGCUGUAAAGUCUGAGGCAAACCUCAAAGUCCUGAGCAAGCGGCCUCUGAAGGAAGAGGUCAGCGUUUCGUAAGGCGGCACGUUUUCAUUUCAGCUUUUCCCUGUUCCUUCCUCUCUCGAGGUCAGCCUUCCCUACAGAGGAAGUCUUUGUGCUUAUGAUCUGUUAGACGUUGAGCUUGAACAUCAUUGGAUCCUCAGAGCUUAUCUGUCACUUAUGUGAACUCAGAUUGUAAAGCAGAAAAAUCCCGUUCAUUGACCUUUUGAUUCUUUGUGGUUAAUUUGGUUAAUUCUGAAAAAUCAAAGUGAUCUAGUUUACAUUGAGUUCAUGUUCAUGUGGACAGUCUUUGUCCACCACUGAUGCAUUUAAAGUAAAAUGUAACUCAUGGGUUAUAAUUAGGGCCGGGAC